GUGAAGGCGAAGGUGAAGGUGAAGGCGAAGAUGAAGAUGAUUCUAGAAGGUCAGUGGCUUGGCAGAAUAACAGCGUCCCGACCUGUGAUUGGCCAGAACGGCGUCUCUCAUUGUGUCACUGCCACCAUACGAAGAGUCACAGCCCAUUGCCCCAUCAUCAUCAGUCUCAUUAGGAGGAGCCUUUGGUUCCUUACAAACCACCGUGGCUUUUUAGUCGUGAAGUCUGAAAAGCUCUCUUGUUCUAUUUCUUCUCUUCUUCAUUCCAAUCACUCCUUCUACCUACCGUCUUACCGACUGCAAUCACCGCGCGAGAGGCAACUUCACACGCACCAAACGUCAUUCCGAUCCGGUCCCGCUGCCUACAUAAACUACCCUCAUCGCCCCCCACACAACCGCAACUCUCACACAACACUCUUCCUCCCGUACCCACAACCACUGCACAUAUCCUCUCCCGCAUACUCAACGGCACUCUUCCAUUACGGACAAAAUGAGCGACGAUUGGGAUUCCGUCACCAAGAUCGGCAGCCGCACCCGUGGCGGAGCUGCUGGUCCCCGUGAGACUGUCAUCAAGGGCAAGUCUGCUUUGAACGCCGCACAGAGGAGCGGAGCUGUUCUCUCCACCGAGAAGAAGUACAGCACUGCCAAUGCCGUAUCUGGUGGAGGCGAAGGUCAGCGUCUCACAAAGGUCGACCGAUCCGACGAUAUCAUCAAGCCCAAGACCGUUGGCAAGGACGUCGGCGCAGCCCUCGCAAAGGCUCGAUCCGAAGCCAAGAACGACAAGGGAUCCACCAUGACCCAGAAGGACCUCGCCACCAAGUGCAACACCACCCCCACCGUCAUCGCAGACCUAGAGCGAGGUACCGCCGCACCUGAUCAGCAGCUCCUGGGCAAGAUCGAGAGGCUGCUGAACGUCACCCUCCGAGGCAGCGCAGACAAGAUUGGGCAACCCAAGUUCCCGAAGAAGAAGUAGAGAGGCAAUGCGUGCUGGUCUUUACUUGAAUCUUCUUCGGUGACGAACAAUCUUUGGAUUAGCGGGCGUUUGGACGGGAUGGAAGGACAACCAACCACAUCAGAUCAUGUCGGGAUCGAAGCGAUAGAUUGACUUGGAACACGAUGCUACGGAAUGGGCAUGAACAACCACAGACUGUACAGAUCGGUUUUACUUUCCAGGAAACUUCGUGGUCUCGCUGUUGUUCCAAUGAAUUUUUUGGGGCGCAGUUGGGGCUCGUUUGGAUUUCAAAAGGGUGUCAUGGGUCUCAUCGGUUAGAUAUACGCAUUAGAGAAAAAACGACAAAACAAAUCACUCCAAUGGCA